GGGGACCAAUCGCGCGGGCGCCGAGCGGCUUCUGCAAUCUCUCAACUGAGCCGGCCCCCGCGGCCCCCGCCGCACACUCGCCCGCGGACGGCCGCCCAGACACACGUACUGUACACACGAGCGGGCGGCGGGGCCGAGACACGCCCGCCCGCGCGGCCCCGCGCCCCCGCCGCUGCCCCGCGUCCCCGCCCGCCGCCCGCCGCCCGCCGCCGCGCCGCCGCGCCGCUCCGGCCGCCGCGAGCAUGCACCCGACGAGCUAGGAGGAAGCGGAGCCGCGAGGAAGCGCCGAGCGCCGGCCGCCCGCCAGCCCGCCGCCCGCCCGCCGCCCGCCGGCCCCUCCCCUGCCGGGCGCCCCCCCAGCCCCACGCCCCCCCACCUUCCUGGGCGGUGGGGGGGGUGCGGGCCGCCGCUCGGGGGCCCCGCCGCCCCGGCAGCCCGGGACAGCCCCCUUUCCCCGCCCCCGGCCCCCGCCCCGGCUCGGCCGGCCAUGGAUCUGACCAGCAGCUCGGGCGGCGGCGGCGACCCCCGGCAGAUCGAGGAGACCAAGCCGCUGCUGGGGGGCGACGUGCCGGCCCCCGAGGGCACGAAGAUGGGCGCCGUGCCCUGCCGCCGGGCCCUUCUGCUGUGCAACGGGAUGAGGUACAAACUGCUGCAGGAGGGCGACAUCCAGGUCUGUGUCAUCCGGCACCCGCGGACCUUUCUCAGCAAGAUCCUCACCUCGAAAUUCCUGAGGCGCUGGGAGCCGCACCACCUAACGCUGGCCGACAACAGCCUGGCGUCCGCCACGCCAACUGGGUACAUGGAAAACUCGGUCUCCUACAGCGCUAUUGAAGACGUUCAGCUGCUGUCCUGGGAGAAUGCCCCGAAGUACUGUUUACAGCUCACAAUCCCUGGGGGAACAGUCUUACUGCAGGCUGCCAACAGCUACCUGAGAGACCAGUGGUUCCAUUCUCUGCAGUGGAAGAAAAAGAUUUACAAAUAUAAGAAAGUGCUGAGUAACCCAAGCCGUUGGGAAGUUGUCUUGAAGGAGAUCCGAACUCUGGUGGACAUGGCCCUGACAUCCCCCCUGCAGGAUGACUCCAUCAACCAAGCCCCACUGGAAAUCGUCUCAAAACUGCUCUCAGAGAACACAAACUUGACUACCCAGGAGCAUGAGAACAUCAUUGUGGCGAUUGCUCCUUUGCUGGAAAACAACCAUCCACCGCCAGAUCUCUGUGAAUUCUUUUGCAAGCACUGCAGAGAGCGGCCCCGGUCCAUGGUGGUCAUCGAAGUGUUCACGCCCGUGGUCCAGAGAAUCCUCAAGCAUAACAUGGACUUCGGGAAGUGCCCACGGCUGAGGCUGUUUACUCAGGAGUACAUCCUUGCCUUGAACGAGCUCAACGCGGGGAUGGAGGUGGUGAAGAAGUUCAUCCAGAGCAUGCACGGCCCCACGGGGCACUGCCCCCACCCCCGGGUCCUGCCCAACCUGGUGGCCGUGUGCCUGGCUGCCAUCUACUCCUGCUAUGAAGAGUUCAUCAACAGCCGUGACAACUCCCCCAGCCUGAAGGAGAUCCGGAACGGCUGCCAGCAGCCCUGUGACCGGAAGCCCACCUUACCUCUGCGCCUUCUGCACCCCAGCCCGGACCUGGUGUCUCAGGAAGCCACGCUGUCCGAGGCGCGGCUCAAGUCCGUGGUCGUGGCCUCCAGCGAGAUCCACGUGGAGGUGGAACACACCAGCACUGCCAAGCCGGCACUGACGGCCAGCGCGGGCAAUGACAGCGAGCCCAACCUCAUCGACUGCCUCAUGGUCAGCCCUGCCUGCAGCACCAUGAGCAUCGAACUGGGUCCCCAGGCCGACCGCACGCUCGGCUGCUACGUGGAAAUCCUCAAGCUGCUGUCGGACUACGAUGACUGGAGACCGUCUCUGGCCAGCUUGCUUCAACCCAUUCCAUUCCCCAAAGAAGCCCUCGCACACGAGAAGUUCACCAAGGAGCUGAAGUACGUGAUUCAGAGGUUUGCCGAAGACCCGCGACAAGAGGUACACUCAUGCCUGCUGAGCGUGCGAGCCGGCAAAGACGGCUGGUUUCAGCUGUACAGCCCCGGAGGGGUGGCCUGUGAUGAUGACGGGGAGCUGUUCGCCAGCAUGGUGCACAUCCUCAUGGGCUCCUGUUACAAGACCAAAAAAUUCCUGCUCUCCCUGGCGGAAAACAAGCUGGGACCCUGCAUGCUCCUGGCGCUGAGGGGGAACCAGACCAUGGUGGAGAUCUUGUGCCUCAUGCUGGAGUACAACAUCAUCGACAACAACGACACCCAGCUGCAGAUCAUCUCAACCCUGGAGAGCACGGGCGUGGGCAAGCGCAUGUACGAGCAGCUGUGCGACCGGCAGCGAGAGCUGAAGGAGCUGCAAAGGAAAGGCGGGCCCACCAGGCUAACACUGCCCUCCAAGUCCACGGAUGCCGACUUGGCUCGUCUGCUGAGCUCCGGCUCUUUCGGAAACCUGGAGAACCUCAGUCUGGCCUUCACCAACGUGACCAGCGCCUGCGCUGAGCACCUCAUCAAACUGCCUUCUCUCAAGCAGCUGAACCUGUGGUCCACUCAGUUUGGAGACGCCGGCCUGCGGCUCCUGUCGGAACACCUCACCAUGCUCCAGGUGCUGAACCUGUGUGAGACGCCUGUGACCGACGCCGGCCUGCUGGCCCUCAGCUCCAUGAAGAGUCUUUGCAGCUUAAACAUGAACAGCACCAAGCUCUCGGCUGACACCUAUGAAGAUCUGAAGGCCAAGCUUCCCAACUUGAAGGAAGUGGACGUCCGCUACACGGAAGCCUGGUGAAGCUCCCGGCUCGGCAGGAAGGAGUUUGCAGCUGCAACACACGACUUUUGACUAAUAGCCGUAGAGCGCCGGUCCUGGGGUCCCGCCCCCAGCAUCCCGGCUGUGAGAUAGAUGGGGGAGUCUUUCUGGGGGCAGAGGGCGGAGGGGGGAGGGGGUGGGGAGGGGGGCCUUAAGCACGCCCAGCCCCGCCUAAUUCUUUUAGCUUCAUAAUUGGAAACCUUGACCUGAUCCAAAAAGGACUUUGUAGCAACCAGAGGAGCAUCAGCGGGUCGGGGGAGAGGGUGGGGGAGGGGUGGGGGCCUUGGGGAGGGGGGACCCUUUGUGGAUUUUCUUUGCCUUUGUGUUCAAUGCCGUGUGGGAAAAGUCAACUCCGAUGCCACCAUCACACGACCCUGAUGGGCCUCGAGGGCCGAGGAAGGGUGCUUUCUUCCUCACAGGCUCCACCGAGAACUCGCCCCCGCCCCCCACCAUUGGGACAAGAAAACCCAGACAUGUCAUUGCACCGUCCUGUGUCCUCGCCAUUGCUAUGCAAAGUGAUUCUUGUUGUACAUAAGAUUUAAAUAAUGCGCCUAUUUAAGAAAUGUUGACAAAUUGCGGGUCUGGGACCUGCCUCUUAUUUAUGAAGUCUCCCUCCCUCCCUCCUGCCCUCCCACCCCGCCCUCCCCUGGCCCGUAGUACUGUAUAAACCAGUCAGCUGUUGGGGUAGUGGUAGUAUUAUUGUUAUUUUUUUAAAGGAAACAGACAAAAAAAAAAAACCUCCUUGGAAAAUUAAUUGCUUUUUCGUAAUGGAUUCUGUAUGCUAAUGCUCGGCCGUCUGUCCGCCCGCCCCCACUGUGCGUUUCCAAUUCCCAGAUGUCUCCAACUUGCCCCCGGGUGAGGGUCAGGCUGGGGGGCAGAAGUGGGGUCCCCACGUUGUAGUCCUGUUCCUGCCAGGCCCCGGCUUUCUCUCAGCCCCCUCUUACGCCGUUUGGGGGGUGCUAACCUGUCCUCCCUGGUCCAUCCCCUGGAAGAGCUGCCCCGGCCCCGGCCCCCGGAGAGCUCCCAUCUCCGGUGGCCUCUGCCAUCCCUGUCCCCACUGAGACUGCGGCCUGUGGCCUCCCCGCCAUCCUGUGCUUCACGUGGUCUCCUCACGCAUGCCUGCUUCUCUGCAUGGUCUCUUGGGAGAAGAGAGAGACGUCGCCUCCACCAGCCUGACUGCCCACCCCACCCCUAUGAAUGUGACCGCUACAGCACAGACACCCUUUCUGUCCCCACACCUGCCCCGAAGACAAACCAACCUCCGUUUCUUUUGUAAACAGUCGGCUUUUUCUUAACAAGCCCUCCCUGUACAGAACAGCCCUUUUAUGGUUUACUUGGGGUCCCCUCUCCCCCCAAGCCCCCUCUUCUGUUGGUUUAGCACAAAUACCGUCCCCCUCCGGCACCCCCAGCCCUGACCCCUCAGUCAAUGUAAUUGUUUUAUAUAUAUUUAAUCUUAUUCAAUGGAAACCAUGCUUUUGUCGUUUUAUACUUUGCUAGGUAGACUUUAUUACCCCCGCCCCGACUAUGCCCUCAUUUUUUUAAAAAAGGAAAAAAAAAAAGAAAUUGGGUUUCAGUCUUAAUUCAUUUUACGUGCCAGGUUUUAUUUUGUGUGUGCGUGUGAGUGUGUUCUGUUUCGUGUUUUGUUUUCUUCUGUUGUUGUUGUUUUCUGUUGUUUGGUUUUAUUCUCUCCCCUCCGGUCCCAAACUUUAUAGCACUCUGGUGCAGGAAGAAGCAGAAGCAAAAACAAAAAAACAAAAAAACAAAAAAAACAAAAAAACAACAACAAAAAAAAAAACUCUAAAAAAGAAAAAAAAAGAGCCGAGACAUGCCAUCUUUUCCCUUCGCACUGUUGCUUUUCCUGAUGGUUAAUACUACUGUCACGUUAGCUGUGUUCAGAGAUGUGAAAUACUUUCAGGCAAAAAUAAACUGUAAGUGACUCAUUGA